UAUCUCUCAGUUUGUGUGCGUGUAUAUGUGUGUUCGAGGGAGCAGCUCAGUCCAACUGGAGGUUCUUCAGGAAAAUCAGGUGGCUAUUUGGACAGGGGGGUGCAAGUGCAUGACGGCGGGGGGGCAGGGAUGGCGGCCCUCCUGAUGCGUUUAUUCCGUCUGGGAGUGGAAAAGAAACGAGUGCGGCACUAUGAAAACCUGAAGAGGGAUGUGGACCCCAGGGAGAGCUGGGAGACCAUGGGGGAGCUGGGGGAUGGAGCAUUCGGGAAAGUGUACAAGGCUCAGAACACUGUGAGUGGUGUGAUAGGAGCGGCUAAAGUGAUGGAGGUGCGCAGUGAGGAGCAGCUUGAGGAUUACAUCACCGAGAUCAAUAUCCUGGCAGGCUGUCGCCAUGCCAACAUCAUCUCCCUGCUGGAUGCCAUCUACUUUGAAGGAUGGCUGUGGAUUCUGAUUGAGUUUUGUCCUGGAGGAGCACUGGAUGACAUCAUGUUAGAGCUGGAGCGUGGUCUGUCCGAGCAGCAGAUCAGUGAAGUUUGCUGUCAGACUCUGCAGGCUCUGUCCUACCUGCACCAGCAUCACAUCUUUCACAGAGACCUAAAGGCUGGAAACAUUCUACUGACCAUGGAUGGACAGAUUAAACUGGCUGACUUUGGAGUGUCUGCAAAAAACGACAACACACUCCAGAGACGGGCGACGUUCAUUGGAACACCAUACUGGAUGGCUCCGGAGGUGAUAAUGUGCGAGACGUCGAAAGAUAAUCCAUACAGCUCUAAGGCUGAUAUUUGGUCUCUGGGCAUCACUCUGAUUGAAGCAGCGGAGAUGGAGCCACCUCAUCAUUCUCUCAACCCAAUGAGGGUCCUGCUGAAAAUCACCAAAUCACCCCCACCUACACUGAGCAACCCACGUCGCUGGUCGUCCCAUUUCCAGGACUUCCUGCGGAGGGCACUGCAGAAGAACCCGGAGUCACGCUGGGGAGCACAGCAGCUGCUAGCCCACCCGUUCUCCUAUGCAGGCCGGGACGGCCGAGCGCUAAAGGAACUAAUUGCUGAGGCUAAAGCAGAGGUCACUGAGGUCAUAGAAGCAGAGUCCCUGUCAGAUCUGCGGUGUUCUGUAGACAAUGCAAUGACGACAGAUGCUGAACCUCCUGCACAGCAAGAUUCAGGAACAGAUCUGCCCCAAAGUCCCCAAAUAGGUCCAGUGGAAGGACCUGCAGAGUCUCCGGCUGAUCCUGAGCCUUGUAAGGAGGUUAAAGUGACCCGUCGAGCGUCGAGUGCCCCAGAUAAAGCCCAGAAGAUAGCAAGGCGUCUGUCCAUGCCUGGCAACCUGCUGUCUUUUCUGACUGGAGGCUCUCGCAGGUGCAAAUCUGGAUUUUGGGGCGAUGGAGUGAAAACUGAGGGAAGUCAAGAGCAACAGGAUAUUGACAAAGCUGGGCAGAGUGAAGCAGAAGCAGAUGGUGGUCCAAAAGAGCCAGAUGUUUGUCACCACCCUGAUGAAAGCAGCAGUAAAGAAAAGGAGGAAAAAGCUGAAGAUCUACAAGCUGUUUCUGUUGAGGCCAAAGAGAAUACUGACAGCAAAGAGGAGUGGGAGACUGAUGGCCAAUGCGAGGCCACUGAAGUUGAUGCAAACUGUCCUAAAGCCGAAGAAGCACAACUGCAGGGAGCUUCACCUGAAAAGGAAACACUAGAUGUUACCAAAAAGGAUGCUGAGCAUGUGGAGAAAGAAGAACCCACACAAACUAGGGAAUGCAGCACAGAAGCUGGUAGUUUGGUCCAGGAUCAGUCUUAUCAGGCUAAUCAUGCUAAUAAUGCUAAUCAUUCUGCUGAAGAACUGAUGAGAUGCCCCCAGCCCCAUGACACAAGAACUGAAGAUGAAAAGCAAGAAAAUGUGGAUCUCCUGACUGAGGCCUUGUGUUUGGAGACAUCGCAAAGAUGCAAAACAACUAAAGAAGAAGAGAAACAUUCACACGAUUACUUAGAUUUAGCUGGAAGCAGGCAGCUAGCUAAAUUUCCCUCUAAAGUGGAGUUAAGCAGAAGCCCAGCAGCAGAGGUGCACCCUCCAAAGACAGAUGAGGAACACGGGGAACUGACAGAGAAUAUAACUGACCCUUCUAUAGAGAUCAGAAAAGAAAACUCUGACACUGAAAGUGUAGAAGUGGAUGGAGAAACUGGGAAUGAAGACGUUAAAGCUAACAGAGAAGAAACAGAGGCUGAGAUACAAACAGUUGAAGAUUCAGACUCUGUGGUGGAGCAUGCUGAAAAACCAAGCACUGAAGAAACAAUCCAAGCUCUAGAAGAGCAGGAAGCUCUCCUAAAUGAUUCUGAGCAGGUUUCCCUCAAAGUAGAGACACCAGAUGAAGAGUUAAGGAAGGAAGAAGACAGGGAAGAGCAAGAAGUGAGAAAAGACGAAGAAAAGAAAGAUGUGACGGACCAAUCAGAAGAUAAAAAUGUCAGUCUGCCUCACAGUGGUGCUGAGAAAGAAACGCCUACAAUCAAAGUUGAAGAAACUGAUAAGUUAGCGCAUCAAAGUGAGACAAAACAGAAGGAAACAGAUUCAGGAAAGACAAAUGGUGAUGCUUCAGGGGAGAAGGUUCCCAAAGCCAGCAAGCAGGUGAGCUUUGUAGGUGUUGAAGUGGACAGAUCAGAGUUUAUAUUAAAUGGAGGAUCCGUGGGGAGUAAAACAGAACUGGAUCAUGCAGAGAUGAAUGGGACGGCCCAUCAGAACAUCAGUAAACAAGCAGCAAUAUCCAUCUCUACCAAUACUGAUAGUGACAAGGACUGUCCACCACCAUCGCUGUCUCCUACUGCUGAAGGGGUUCUGCCCAUGAGCCGCAGGACGGUAAAGAAGACUCGUAAGUUUUUUGUGGACGGCCGGGAGGUCAGCAUUACAACCUCAAAGGUUAUCAGUGAGAAGGACAGUCAAGAGCAGCAGAUGCGCUCAGUCAGGCGUCAGGAGCUGCACGCUCUGAAGCUGCUUCAGCGUGAGGAGCAGAGGGAAUUUACUCAGCUGGAGCAGAAACUGCAGCAGCAGAGGGAGCAAAUGUUUCGCCACAUCGAACAGGAAAUGACCAGUAAGAAGCAGUAUUAUGACGGUGAGCUGGAGCGUUUGGAGAAACAGUAUCAGCAGCAGAGUGGGAGGAUGGAGGCCGAACACACGCAGCGGCUGCAGGAGGAGGCCCGUCGCCUCAAAGCCCAGCAGGAGAAAGAGCUCAACCGCAAGAGCAGCGCACUCAAAGCUGACCCUAAAGAGGAGCAGCGGUUUGUGCAGAAGCAGCAGCAGGAGCUGAACGAGACUCUGCAGAAAGCAGUGCAGGAACACAAGAGAAAAGUGGCCUCUAUGGAGUGGGAGGUUACAGUCAAAGCUCAGCAACUCAAGAGAGCGCGUGAAGCUGUGAUCUGGGAGUUGGAACAGCGUCACCUGCAGGAGAAAUACCACUUGUUUAAGCAGCAGGUGAAGGAGCAGUACUCUCUACAACGGCAGCAGCUCAGCAAAAGACACAGCAAGGAUAUGGACCGAGCAUCCCGAUUCCAUCAGGCUCUGCUGGAGGAGCAGAAGUCUGCUCAGACUCAGGAGAGAGCACGAUUCCACAAAGCCCAGCGAGCUGAGGCCAAGGCCAGACUGAACCAGUACAGACAGGAGCUGAGGAAGCAGGGGCUAACCGGACCCGAACAGAGGCAGAAAAUCACACAGUUUCUAUCCGAGGAGGAGUCCAGGCAGAAGGAGGAGUGCAUUAGACUGCAGGAGACCCAGGAGAAACAGCUGAAAGAGGCGCAGGAGCAGUGUGACACUAAUGCAGCCGAGCUCCAGCAGCUGCAGAACGAGAAGCUGCAGGUCCUGGUGGAGAUGGAGAAGAAGAAGAUCAAAUGCCUGGAAGAUGAGCACACACUGGAGCUGAACGAAUGGAGGGAUAAACUAGCCUGCAGGAAAGAGGCAUUAGAAGAAGAUCUGGCUCGUAGAAGGAGAGAACAUGAAGGAAGCAGAAGAAGAGGCAGUGAGCCUGAAUCUCGACAUCAAACACGACGCUCCAGAUUCUUUCCCAGCCUCAGUUUCUCCUAAAUAAGGACGUUACAAACAGCAUGGAUGACACUGUGCAGUUGCCACAGCACAUCUGAAAGAUUUUUAAUGCAAAAUGCAUGUUUAAAUAUGUAUAUAUUUUUUAUUAGUCAAUCUUAGAUGUACUCUAAUGCACAACCUCAGCUUGUCCUGAUGCUCAGUGCUGCAUUUCUGUAUUGCAGUGAAGAUGUUAUGGAUACAUGUAAACAUAUGAAUGUAUAAAUUAGUCAUUUAAUUAGUUCUCAGAUCUAAGCUUAUUUUUUUAAAAAGGAAACACCUGAAGGAAAAUUAAAUGAUUUCACGCCCAUA